AUGGCUGAGAACGUGCUGGCAGAGCAUAACAACGAAAUGGUGGAGCUACAGAGGAUACGAAUGAAAGAUGAAAUUCGAGAGUACAAAUUUCGAGAGGCCAGACUCCUACAGGACUACACCGAGCUUGAGGAAGAAAACAUCACUUUGCAGAAACUGGUGUCCACACUGAAACAGAAUCAAGUUGAAUAUGAAGGCUUAAAGCAUGAGAUUAAACGAUUUGAGGAGGAGACAGUGUUGCUUAAUAGUCAGCUGGAAGAUGCCAUCCGGCUGAAGGAGAUUGCUGAGCAUCAGCUGGAGGAAGCUCUGGAAACUUUAAAAAAUGAAAGAGAGCAAAAGAACAAUCUGAGGAAGGAACUUUCCCAGUAUAUCAACCUCAAUGAUAGUAUGUAUAACAACCAUAUUAAUAUAUCAGUAGAUGGAUUGAAGUUUGCAGAGGAUGGAGGAGAGCCCAACAAUGACGACAAAAUGAACGGACAUAUCCACGGGCCUCUCGUGAAACUCAAUGGUGACUACCGAACUCCCACGGGUAGGAAAGGAGAAUCUCUGCACCCCGUCUCUGACCUCUUCAGUGAGCUCAACAUAUCUGAAAUACAGAAACUGAAGCAGCAACUCAUGCAGGUGGAAAGAGAGAAGGCCAUUCUCCUGGCCAACCUGCAGGAGUCUCAGACACAGCUGGAACACACCAAGGGAGCCCUGACCGAGCAACACGAGCGAGUCCACAGGCUCACGGAGCACGUCAACGCCAUGAGGGGCCUGCAGAGCAACAAGGAGCUGAAAGCUGAGCUUGACUGUGAGAAGGGCCGAGACCCCGGCCAGGAAGCACACGACUACGAAGUGGACAUCAAUGGCUUGGAGAUCCUAGAAUGUAAAUACAAAGUAGCUGUUACUGAGGUGAUAGACCUUAAAGCAGAAAUCAAAGCCUUAAAGGAGAAAUACAAUAAAUACGUGGAAAACUACACAGAAGAGAAGGCCAAGUACGAGAGCAGAAUCCAGACGUACGAUGAACAGGUGACAAACCUGGAGAAGUCGACAAAGGAAAGCCAGGAAAAAAUGGUCCACAUGGAAAAGGAAUUGCAAAGGAUGACAAGCAUAGCAAAUGAAAACCAUAAUACCCUCAACACCGCCCAGGACGAGCUGGUGACAUUUAGCGAGGAGCUGGCUCAGCUCUACCAUCACGUCUGCCUGUGCAACAACGAGACACCAAACAGGGUCAUGUUGGACUAUUACAGGCAAAGCAGAGUCACCCGCAGCGGCAGCCUGAAAGGACCGGACGACCCUCGAGGGCUCCUUUCCCCGCGGCUCACCAGAAGAGGGGUGGCAUCACCCGUAGAAGCCAAGACCCCGACCGAGCAGGUGACAAAAGAGGCCACGGAGCCUGGCAAGGAGCAGAGCCCGACGAAAACACCUACUAUUUCUCCUGUCAUCACAGCCCCUCCUUCCUCCCCUGUCUCUGAUACCAGUGACAUCCGCAAAGAGCCGAUGAACAUCUACAACCUCAAUGCCAUAAUAAGGGACCAAAUCAAGCACUUGCAGAAGGCUGUCGAUCGGUCGCUGCAGCUGUCGCGCCAGCGUGCCGCGGCUCGGGAGCUGGCGCCCAUGAUCGAUAAGGACAAGGAGGCCUUAAUGGAAGAGAUACUGAAACUGAAAUCACUCCUGAGUACAAAGCGGGAGCAGAUCGCAACCCUGAGAGCGGUGCUGAAAGCCAACAAGCAGGACCAGCUCGAUAAUGGUAUUGAUUUUGAUUUCUAAUAACAUUCAGAAAGCAAAGCCGCCUAUAAGGGGAAAUUAAUAUCCUGA